UUCUAAAGAAAUAGAAACUGAGGCGGCUAAACCCCAUUCUUCCUGUGGGGGGCGGGGUGCGAAAAGGGAGGCAGGUAGCUCAGCCAGUCUCUGGGGCAGCGUCUCCCACCCACACCUCUACCCCAUCCCACCCGGGGUGGGCUUUAUUGUCUUUCAGGUUCAGAGAGGUGCCCCCCACCCCACCCCCUGCGGCGGCAGCGACGGGAAAGGGCUGUGGUCAUGUCCCAGAGUCCCAAGCAGCUAGUCCCAGGCCUCUUGCCAAGCAACGGAAAGGUCCCAGGACAGCAGCAGCAGCCAGGGAGCUUUGCAGGGCUGGCUCCUGUGAAGCAGGAGAAGGUAGAUGGCCCUCGAGCCAGUGGCAUGGAGAAAGGGCCCUCGGAAGAGGAGCCAGUGAAGAAGAGAGGUUGGCCCAAGGGCAAAAAGAGGAAGAAGAUUCUUCCAAAUGGGCCAAAGGCACCUGUCACAGGUUAUGUUCGCUUUUUGAAUGAACGGCGGGAGCAGAUUCGCACCCUGCACCCAGACCUGCCCUUCCCUGAGAUCACUAAGAUGUUGGGUGCUGAAUGGAGCAAGCUACAACCCACAGACAAGCAGCGCUACCUUGAUGAGGCUGAGAGGGAGAAACAGCAGUACAUGAAGGAGCUGCGAGAAUACCAGCAGUCUGAGGCAUACAAGAUGUGCGCAGAGAAACUCCAGGAGAAGAAAGCCAAGAAAGAGGACCCAGGUGCCUCUGCCAUGAACACGCUCCUGAACGGACACAAGGGCGGGGACUUUGACGGCUUCUCCACCUUCGAUGUCCCCAUCUUCACGGAGGAGUUCUUGGACCAGAACAAAG